GCACCUGAGAACUUGCUAUAAAGGGGCACACAGAGAGAGCCAUCAGGUGCCUUGCUGUUUAUAACAAUGGGGUGGAUUAUCUUAGCACUCACCUUUGGUCUUGUGGGAAGCCAGAAACUGCAGUAUGAGCCUGUUUUCAAUAUAAAGAACACUUAUCUUUACCAGUAUAGCGGGGUCGUGUUGACGGGCCUUCCAGAAAAUGGCUUGGCUAAGGGAGGACUUAAGAUCACCAGCAAAGUGCAAAUUACUUCGAUAGACCACAAAAAACAUCUUCUCAAGGUCAGCUCACCUCAAAUCUAUGAGUACAUUGGAAUUUGGCCGGAUGAGGAUUUUAUUCCAUCUCCGAAGUUGACUCGGAAACUGAGUCCCCAACUGAGCCAGCCUGUAAUAUUUGAGUACAACCGGGGGCGAGUUGGAAAUAUCAUCGCCCAUUCAAACAUUCCCGAAAACAUCCUCAAUAUCCUCCGGGGCAUUCUCAACAUCCUGCAGAUCAGCAUUAAGAGGAAUCAAAACAUCUAUGAUUUGCAAGAGAAUGGGUUGGAAGGCGUCUGUCAUGCGAGCUACACGAUCCAGGAAGACAAGAAAGCCAGGCACAUCAUCGUCACAAAGUCCAAGGAUCUGAAUGACUGUCAGGAAAAGAUCUCAGAGACCAAGAGCAGUGCUUACUUCAAGCAGUGUAAAACCUGCCAAAUGAAAGGCAAGAAUCUCCGAAGUGUUUCCACGUACACCUACAUCUUGAAAAGUACAGAUGAGGGAGCAGAGAUUUCUGAAGUUGUCAGCCACGAAUCCCACCAGUUCACACCGUCUAAUGAACUCGAUGGUGCUGCUAGCACUGAGUCAAGGCAGCAUCUAUACUUGUUGAAUAUCAAUGAUAAGCCAAUGCCCAUACAAAGAAUGCCCACGGAGAAGAGGGGAAGUCUGAGAUAUCAGUUUUCCAAUGAGCUAAUGCAAAUGCCAAUGCAGUUGGUCAAACCCUCACAUAACGAAACCGAGAUUGCCAACGUGCUGGAAGAGUUGGUGAAAAACAGCCAGAGCAAGGCUCAUCCUGAUGCUCCCCAGAUGUUCCUGCAGCUGAUUCAGCUCCUGCAAUCAGCAGACUUGGCCGGCCUUCAAAGUGUUUGGGGAAAAAACGCAAACAAACAGAACCACAGGCAGUGGAUUCUGGAUACCAUCCCAGUGGCAGCAACACACGAAGCUAUUCAAUUCAUCCAAACCAGAAUCGAACAGGAAGAACUCUCGCAGCUCGAAGCAGCCCAGGCUCUGGUUUUUGUGCUACACUCCAUCAAACCCGACUGCCAUGGUGUCGACAAUGCUACGGUGCUUCUGUCCAGCCCUUACAUGUCCAAGAACCCCUUCCUUCGCAAAAUCACCUUGCUCUCUUAUGGAUCAUUGAUUCACAAAUACUGUGCGACAGUCCAAACCUGUCCUGAUAAGGGUAUCCAGCCGAUCCAUGACCUUGUGGUCGAAGCUGGCAGCAAGGGUCACGAAGAAGAAACAAUCCUUGGCCUCAAAACGAUUGGCAACGCAGGGCAGCCCACCAGCCUGAAGCGCAUCCAGAAGCUCCUACCGGGAUUCAGCAACUCCGCCCAGAGCAUCUCGAACAGAAUCCAAUUGGAGGCCGUGAUGGCCUUGCGCAAUAUUGGCAAGAAGGAGCCACGCAAGGUGCAAAACAUCGUCAUGCAGUUAUUUAUGAACAAAAAGAACCGUAAUGAAAUGCGAAUAAGGGCCUUUAUUGUGCUGCUAGAAACCAAACCAUCCCUGGCCUUAGUUGCAACAGUGACUGACUUAGUGGUCAGAGAGACCAAUUUACAACUGACCAGCUUUAUAUAUUCCUACAUGAGAUCGCUGACGGGAACAUUAGUGCCAGAGCUCCAGUCACUGGCUGCUAUUUGCAACAUCGCAAUGAAACGAUUGAACCGGAAGUGCGACACACUCAGUUACCGAUACAGCAAAGGCAUUCAUUUUGGGCUGUUUAGAGAUAGGUUUUUGGCUGGAAUCGAUACCAACCUUUAUUUAAUAAAGAAAUCGGAGGGUAUUCUUCCAAGUACCGCCAUAGCCAACAUCAAGCUUUAUGGCCUUGGAGUCUCCACGGACCUUCUGGAGGUUGGUAUCCAGGCCGAAGGAAUACAACAAGCCUUGUCGAAGAGCAAUGAAGGUUACUGGAGGGGACCGAGGAAAAAUAGCACUGAACACAUUGUGGAAAAGGUGUCUGACUGGAAACCGAUGCCCACGAUUAAACCAUUGCUAAACGUUUACAUCAAAGCGCUUGGUCAAGAGCUUGUUUAUGUCGAGUUCAACCAGAAUGAUAUUCCAGAGGUCCUGAAGAUAAUGAGUAACCAAGCAAAAAUGGAUGGACUUAUAAGGAAAUUCAUGAAUCAUCUCCAGCGUGGAACUUCGAUAAAAUGGACCAAAUCGCUGUUGGCAUCUGAGGUUCGACAAAUGGUGCCAACAUCACUUGGUCUGCCCUUGGAGCUGGCAUUCUAUUACACCAUUGUGUCCGCAGUCAAAGGACAGGCCAAGGUGAAGACGAAUCCAGCCCUUUCCAACUUAACAUUGCCUCACAUCCUCAACAGCACCAUUCAGAUUGAAUCUCAGCUCGCUGCCAGUUCUGUGAAAGAUGUCAUUGGUAUCAUGGGAAUAAACAGCCCUAUGAUCCAGGCUGGAGUGGAAGUUCAGCUGAAGACGAGCACCCUCAUCCCUCUGAACUUCACUGUAAGAUUAAACUACAAGAAGAGAAACGUUAAACUUGAAACACCCCCUUGGCAACGGGAAAGUCAGCUGUUCUUUGCCAGCACACAGGGUUUUGCAUUCUCAAGAAACAUCGAAGAACUAGCUGCGGAAAAAGUCACCCCACUGCUUCCAGGUGAGGAGUCUGGAGUGAGGAUGAAAGCAUUGAGAUUGGCAAAGAAUUCAACCACAGAUCACAAAGAAGUGAUGGACAGAGUGUUGCCUCUUUCCAUUCCCGGGGGAUCUGUGUGCUCUGCUGAAGAGCCCCCGGAUGACUCCAGUUGGACAAUCCAGCAGAGAUGCAUGUCGGCCGACACCUUUGGAUUUGAAGUUUGUUUCAAGACCAGUGUGGAAAAAACUGACUUCACCACCAACUCUCCCUUGUACAAAAUGGUUGGGGAGAAAUCAGUGGAAAUCGCAAUCAAACCAGUUGUUACCCCAAUUCCAGUCAAAAAGUUGCAAAUCGAGUUACAGAUGCAGACAGAUGACCAAUCCUUUACAAGAGGAAAUCUCCUGAUAAAGACAAGCAACUGGACUGAUACAGAUUCCUCCGAAACAGUGCAAGAGGAGGGCAAACCAGUCCUUCUCACACUGAAGAAAAUCCUCCAUGCUAAAAAGCAGAAUCAGGGAAGACGAGAGCACAAAUAUACCAUGAGCAGUUCGACAUCGAGCUCCCAGAUGUCAAGCAGAGAGUCAAUGAGAAGAUCAGAGGAGAAGGGAGAGCAGUCAGGAACUCGUGGUAUGCACUCACUAACAUCAGAGAGCAAUGAGUACAAACAUGGUGAUCAUGGUAAGCAUGGUAAACACCAGCUGGAGGAACGCAUUUGGCACGAUAGCCAUUCAACAUCAAGCAGAAGGUCAAUGAGAAGAUCAGAGGAAAGUGAUAAAGAACGCUCAAGAACUCAUAGUAUGCACUCAUCAGUGGACAGAGAACCCAAACAUAGCAAAGAUGGAAAACACCAAGUACUCCAUCAACAAGGUGGACGUAACAAGGCUGGUCGACGUGUGGCAUCAGAAGGUGAGCGCAGUGCAUCUGCUCAGCCUGAAUUACCAGGGUCAAUGACUCAUCAAUCGCUCUCCUCCAGCUCAUCGCGCAGCCUAUCAAAGCCUCAUCGCAGCUCUUUGAGGGACUUCAGGAGCAGGCGGGUCUUCAGCAGUUCAUCCUCAUCUCAGUCAAAGCGCAGGAGAACGAGCACCCAUUCACACCGAGCUGACACUAAAAAGUGCCACAGCACCAGAUGCAAGGAGAAGCUGCUCAACCGAUCUGCCCAGAGGUCCUCGGUUAGAAAUAGAUCAUUGUCUUCCACUGCCUCCCUCAGUCUUUCAAGUUCUGUUUCAUCUUCAGCGCAGACAGAGGAGGAGUACAGUGACCAGCCCAAGGGCUCGGCAUCCAGCUUGUCAGCUUCAAGUGAGUCCAGCUCCAGUGUCACAUCAUCCGCUGAGUCAAGGCGACGGGAGAGCAAGGACGCCUCACGCAGGCAACCCAGUUCUUCAGUGCAGGGAGAUACCUCCACUGACACAUCUUCUUCGCACCACGAGAUGGUGGACAUGCGGCCAGCCACAACGAGUCAAACUGGCACCGACAGAAUGUGUAAAAAUGGUGUAUGCAUCCAUACCCAAACCAAAAAAUAUUCAGCCACAAUUCACCAAUCCAAGAAGCAGAAACAUACCUGGAUUUCAGGUUCAAACACACCAAUACAGAGAACAGAUAGAAAUGUCUUCCAACUUCAGUUCAAACCAACUUCUAUUAACAUGUCACAAUACAAAGAGCGAUUAAGUUCCUGGUCAUCGUUUGAAACCAGUUUGGACACCAAGAGUGGUUCAACCUCUUCAUCUUCAUCUUCAUCUUCAUCUUCAUCAGAGCAGUCCUUGUUCCUUGGAGAUUUAAUGGUGCCCAUAUUCUCUAUAUUCACUCGAGCCAUUACCACUGAUAAUAAAGAGAAAGGCUACAAGACAGAGACUUACGGGGCCAAUUUAAUCGACAGGCGACUUAUCCAAGUUCUUGUGGAUGAACUUCAAGAAGUCGGCAGCUGGAAAGCUUGUCUCAAUGCUGAGAUGCCCAUUGAUCACAAAGUAACGGGAGUGCUGAGGUGGGGCAAUGAUUGCCUGGACUACAAGAUUGCAGCAAAAGCAGCCACUGGUUACUUUCAACAUCACCCAGCUGCAUUGCUCAAAGCAAAGUGGGACAGGAUUCCUCAAUCCAUGAAAGAGGCUGCGCAAGUGAUUGCCGACCAUCUGGCCAACUUUGCCUUCUUGCUGGGAUUCUCCGAAAGGCACAUGAAGAGCAUACCUCAUCAACUAUCUUUCAUUGUGGCUGCAACAUCUCAACGAACCUUUGACAUCGUAGUUAGAACUUAUAAGCAUGUAUACAGCCGACAAGCCCUCCUCAUCCCAGCAGCUCUCCCAUUUGAUGUCAGCUCUCCUUCAAUCCAACCAAGAGGUCUGCACAUCCUUACUUACUUAUCUGCCAUGUUCUCAGCAGCUUCCACAGCUGAAUGCACUGUUACGCAAGACAUGUUCAGUCCAUUUAGUGAGAACAGUUUUAAGUAUCAAAUGCCUGAAGGUUGUACUCACGUGUUGGCCCAGGACUGUACCACUGAGCUGAAAUUCAUAGUACUGAUAACGCGUCAUGCAGAAUUGCUGACCUUACAGCUGAAUUUGCCUUUUAGUGAAAUAAUAGUAGAGUCCAAGAUGACAGGAAACCUCCAACUGACAAUCAACGGAACCAAGAUGUCAAUGGCAAGCCUUCCUUUCACAAGUUCAAAGACCUUGUCCAUUGAGCGGAGUGAGAAAGGGCUGAAGAUAGAAGCCCCCAGACUUGGCCUUGAAAGUCUCUUCUUCGAUGGCAAAGUGAUUAAGGUUUCCACAGUGCCAUGGACAUUUGGGACCACAUGUGGAUUGUGUGGGCAAGGCAUCUCCCAAGGGAGUAAUGAAUAUCAGCAACCAAAUAGGCGCAAAACCAAGGAGGUUCUCAAAUUCGCACACUCAUGGUUACUACCCGGAGAAAACUGCAAAGACACCUGCAAACUAACAAAAAGGACCGUGAAACUCAAUAGAUCAGUCAAACUACACGGGCAGGAUUCCAAAUGCUACUCAACUGAACCAGUGUUGCGCUGCCACAUUGGAUGUUCACCGGUUAAGACUGUCCCCGUGGUCUAUGGUUUCCACUGCCUACCAACAGAUUCAAACACAAACCCUGCAGAUGAACAGCUGAAAUCCACCAACUUUGGUCAGAAGAGUGAAGACAUGACAAGCCCCAUUGAUGCCCAUGUUGCCUGUUCAUGCUCUUCUGAAUGUAAAUGAGCAGAGAACUGGGAAUUUCUGUCUAAUUGUUACAAAGCCCAUGACUAAACAUGUGCCUUAGGUGCAAUUAUAGAGAUGAAAAUAUGUAAUGAAACAAAAACACACCUAAUAAUUUUUUUAAUGAAUUAGUUUUAGAUAUGUUGAACCGUCAUUUGUUGAAUUCAAUAAAUCAGCA